AACGCUUCAGGAAUUUUUAAAGCGCUUUUAUUCACUCACUCUCGCGUCUCGUGCUACGUGUUAUAGUUUUAUUUGUGUCUCUUUGAUUUGUUUCAUUGGUAGGUCGUCGCGUAAGUUACGUUCGUGUCUACCAUCUGUUGCUUUAAAGUAACGUUGAUAUUUCCAUUGCGUAUUCGUGAAGGAUCUGACCAGCGAUUUUAAUCAUGUUUCCUGAGAGCAGCACUGGGUACAGCUAUGAGGAUUGCCAGGCCACAGCUGACUGGCUUCUGUCCCAGACUGCAGUGCGUCCUCUGGUGGGCAUCGUGUGCGGUUCGGGUUUGGGUGGACUGGCUGACGCAUUGAAAAACCAGGUGGCUUUCAACUACAGGGACAUCCCCAACUUCCCCCAAAGUACAGUGCACGGUCACGCAGGCCGGCUGGUGUUUGGCACUUUGAAGGGUAGACCAUGUGUCUGCAUGCAGGGACGGUUUCAUCUCUAUGAGGGUUAUCCCAUCCAAAAGAUUACGAUGCCUAUGCGGAUAUUCAAACUGCUGGGUGUGGAGACUGUGAUUCUCACCAACGCCGCUGGCGGUCUGAACCAGGACUAUAAAGUAGGCGACAUCAUGAUCAUCAAAGAUCAUCUCAACAUGCCUGGAUUUGCUGGAAACAACCCUCUGGCUGGACCCAAUGACGAAAGGUUUGGCGUUCGUUUCCCCUGCAUGUCGGACGCAUACGAUCGAGAGCUUCAGCAGAUGGCGCUCGACGUGGGUUCGGAGCUCGGUUACAGCGACUUCCUGCGAGAGGGCGUGUACUGCGUUCUAGGAGGACCGUCGUUCGAGACAAUCGCGGAGUGUCGCAUGCUGCACAAGCUGGGAGCUGAUGCUGUCGGCAUGAGUACGGUUCACGAGGUGAUCGUGGCACGGCACUGUGGGAUGCGCGUCUUCGCUCUGUCUUUGAUCACUAAUAAGGCGGUGAUGAACUACGACAGCGAGGAAAAGGCCAAUCAUGAGGAAGUUCUGCAGACGGGCAAACAGAGGGCGGAGCAGCUGGAGAGGCUGGUGUCCACCAUAGUCACCCGGCUAGAGCACAACAACAAUUUCGCUUAAGACUGUUCUCAGAUCAGAUCUUAAUCAGAUCAGUCACAGACUAAAGAACGCAGACUUAUACAGGUCAAUUCCAUUUAGCUCCCACUUAUUUAUGUUUGUUGAGUCUUAUUUUACAAUGCGAAAUGGUUAUAAAGCCUUUUGGUCUGUGAUAUUUUGCUCUUAUGUAUAAACCCCGUAAACGGGAGAGUGCUUAUUUUUAUUAAAGAAAAACGACAAAUAAUUGUUACAUUCCUCUUAAUGCUAAAACUAAUGUUUCUUAUUUCUAAGUUAACGUUUACCAUUUGUUACGAUGUCUUAAUUUAAAAGGUGAAUUCUCUGUAAAACUUUAAUUGCUUUGUAGUAUUUGUCAGUAGAUGUACAGUAAAGGUCCGUCUUGUGUGUUUUAUAACAUUUAUUAGUAAAAUUUGUUAUUUAUUA